AUGAUUAGAUUUGGCUUAGUAUUAGUAGCAACAGGGUUAAUAAUUAAAGGUACUGUAAGAGCUUAUAGAGAAUUAAAAUUGAUGUCAAGAGCAGCACAAAAUUAAUACAAUUAUUAAAAUUAAAAAGAUCUAUUUAAAUUUGAAAAAGGAGUGGGUUUUUAAAAUCCAAUGACUCGAGAAGAAGCUGAGCAUAUUUUUGGAAUAUAUUCUCCUUCAUCUUUAGCAAACUUAGAAGAGAUAAACAAAAGGCAUCGCCAGUUAAUGAAAAUAAACCAUCCAGAUUAAAGGGGAAGUCAAUAUAUAGCUUAAAAAAUAAAUGAAGCGAAAGACCUACUAUCAAAAUGA